ACCCCAAGAGGCUCUUUACGGACCAACGCACCAGCUCUGACCUCAUGGCUUUGCAGGAAAAUAUCCAAAUGGCCCCUUCGACAUAACAAAGUUCCCGUCCACGCGACCACUCCCAGCCUUACAGUGAGUGGAUGCUCAGGCCCCGAACACGAGGUUCGCGGUGCGCCAAGUUCGCCGGUGGCCCAGAAAUAGUAUAGCAGUUCGCUCGACCUUAUCGAGCCGUGUGUGAUAGCGCUGGUUGAUGCUGGAGAUUUGGGCUCGCCAAGAGGAGAAUACGAGUGUUGGCCCACUUGUCGGAUUGGUUCUGUGGUAUAAGUAUGUGUGGAUGAGAUGGUCCGUUUUAUUUCAGUUUGUUUUCUCCUUUUCUCAAGCAGUUGUUCGAAGCUGCGGAAAGAAUAGCAGACUUGCGAGGGCGAAUCACUGCUAAUUCGUUCAAAAUGAUGUUCGAUCGAGCCCUGUUCCUUCUUAUCACCAGCGCGACAGUUCACCAAUGCGUGGCGGACGAGGAAGCUAGCGACAACGAGCUUCCCAUCUUGUUAAAGCAGGAGUUCUCCACGGUCGAGUACGGCGCCCUCGAGAAGAGAGACACAUGCCCUGGCGGCGGACGAUGCAUUAUCGGGCGAUGCUGUGGUGACGGAUGCGCGCAGAAUUGCUGCGGUCAUGAUGAAGGCGGUGUUGGAUGUGGAAUUGCCCAGCGAUGCAACUUUGAUGGGAACGUAUUUAUCGGAUGCUGUGCCAAUCUCCUGGGACGGUGCACCGGAACACCGACUAUGAUCACCAUCAAUACUCCUUACAGAACCGUCGCGAUUAACACUGACGACACACUUCCAACCACCUACGCUCCGGCGAUUCCCACAGCGGAUGUGACGAGCGGGACUGGCCGCUCUACCGAUGUGGAUUCGAGUCUGAGCACGGCCUCUGCGGCUUCAACCAGGACCACGUCGACAUCGACCUCAUCACUUGGUGACAUUUCAAUAAGCACUGCAGUUGAGACGUCGACGAGCACAUCGAGCGAAUUCGGCCGGUCGACUUCCGAGACAACGUCGAGCGAUGCCUCCAUAACCUCGAGCUCGGACUUUGAUUCGGACUCUAGCUCAACUGCCGAUGUUGAAGCAACUGAGACCGAGACCGCGUCUGCUGCAGAGACUACCGCGUCGAGCGGAGCAGCUGGGAGAACAUUCGGGGGCAUGGAACUGGGAUCGUUGCUCGCAUUUGGGGCAUGGUUUCUGGGAACUGCAUAG